AUGCCGCUCAGAUUCCAUCGCAAGCUGACAGCCUCAUUUCUAGUCUGCCCAAAUUGCAGCAACGCGCUGACCGUCUCUCGCGCGGAGCCCACCACCCAGCACCCGAUGGGGAUCAACCGCUUCGAGUGCCGUACCUGUCCCUACGAGCAGCCGAUCGUGCGCCAGACCAUCUUCGAGACGACCGAGAUGAAGCAGAAGGAGGUGGAGGACGUUUUUGGCGGCAAGGAGGAAUUUGCUAAUGCCGACAGUGUUGCCACGCAAUGCCCUGCGGAGAACUGCAACGGGGACCGUGCAUACUUCUUCCAGCUGCAGAUCCGCAGUGCAGACGAGCCGAUGACUACGUUCUUGAAGUGCUGCGACUGUGGUGCCCGGUGGAGAGAGAACUGA